AAUGGGGGAUAUACUCCUCUGCACAUUGCCAUGCAGUUUCGCCAUGAAAACGUCUACCGGCUUCUUGUUGAAGUUUAUGACGCUGAUCCAAAUAUUCGAGACUGGUCAGGAAGAAAACCGAGGCAAUACCUCGUUCACAUCGACACUUCGCUCUCGCCAGGGUCGUAUCGCAAAAAGGAGAGCUUCUUAAGAAUAGGGUCAUUGAAUGUGAGAGUGAAGAAAACUACGGAGGCAUUUAGCAACUUCCUUGGUGUAGGAGCUACCAGGUCAUCUGCUUACGUGGCUAAAAGCAGAGAUAUAGAUAGGAGAUCUGAAGACGGAGACCAACUACAUAAGACUUGGGGUUCAGCUGACAACAUUCAGAAAGAUGAUAAGUUGAUGCCUCCUCCGAUGAGCGGGAAGGUGAAGCGACGUGGCGCCAGCGGGCGUAAAGGGCUAGCGUCUCAUAGUCGUAGCACUCCUUCCACGCCUGAUCAGCCUCGGGCACAAAUGGGCGGGAGCGAGGAGGGAGAUUCGGAUUCCGACUCAGCAGCUGGUUUUCAUUCAGCUUGGAGACAGCAACGAGCUUCGUGUACAUAAGGUUCUGUUUGUAUCUCAUACUCUUGCUAAUGUAACACAGCUAAAUAUUUCCAACCAAAUGCAAUGAAAACAAGGUCUUAAUACAUAUAAAAUAAGCAUCGUUUAUAAAGUUAUAAGUGUCCACUGACCCCUUUGUUAUGUACCUAAUGGAAAAAAUAUUUUAUAUAAAGUCUGUAAUAUACAAGUGUUUUUUUAUACUUUUUUAAAUAACGAAUGAAACGUAAGUUACUUUAAUAGCAAACAAUUUACUAUACUGAAUACCUACAUUACACUAUUCCAGAAUAUUUCACAAUAAUCCAGAAAAUGACGUCAAUUGUAACUAAAAAUAAGGUCAAAAUAUUUUCAUCGUAAUGUGUUCGCCGCUUCAAAGAUAUCCCGAAUAUCACCAGCUCUCAAAUGCGCAUUCUCUCGCCGGCAGGACUUUAGGUUAGGUACAAAAUUAAAAAAAAUGAGCGGACUAGAACAAAUCGUCAUAAUUAAAAAUGUGUAAAAGAUUGGCAAUUGGAAAUCUAAGGCUGUUUUAAAAUCUAAUUAAAUUAGUUUUAGAUAAUAUAAAAUGCCUUUCACUUACGUUUGAUCCGUUAUUUACAGGACGACAUGUACUUAUAGUAUGUGUAGUAUUACGUAGGGUGAGUAGUGAAUAAAUUCCAAAAUGUUGUUGACAUUAAGUAUUAUCGAUCAGCAACCUUAGAUAUAUAGUGAGCAUAGCUUUUCCCGAAGGCUUUAAGUUGUAACUCAGUGCUUGACAAUGUGUGGGAAGAGUUACAACUUGGCUAAGGAGCCAAGUUGCAAACAAUUGUGACAAUCAUCUGUGACAGUAAUAAAAAAAUAUGAGGUUGACGUAAGGUGACUUGUCAACUUGGCUAAUGCAUCAACAUUGUUGCAUGGGUACAAUGUAGUAUUAUAUUUUAGUAAUGAGGCCCUGCAUACCUGAGGGCUGAAACAGUGGUUCAGCUAUAAAAUACUCAGUGGAUGGCGGGCACAAAUUUAUUCGAUACAGACCAUAAAUUUAACAAAGUUGCAAAGUCUUUAAUUCUAAUGCAAACUAAAAUAGCACAGUUGCCUUUUGAGGGUGACGUACCUAGUACCUACUGUAACGGCAGCCUAUUAAUAAGCCUACGUUGUAUGUUCCUCUGUGUUAACUUUAAAUCUAUCUGCUGUAUCUACAGAACCAUAAUAGGUAGCCAGUUGAAAUUUUCACAGAUUAUUUGUUAACAUGGUGAGUUUAUUAUACAUAAGCACCAAACUCGGUAUGGUUAUAGUGGAAACUAUGAACUAUAAUAAUAUUUUUAAAUUGUUUUAAGAACACGUCCUUGUAGAAGAACCGGCAUGACCGUUUGAUUUAAUUUGAAUGGGCGUUUUAAUUGAACUCUAAAAAUGUAAGUAUCCACAAUAGUGAUUCAUAGAAUUAUUACAGAAAUAUGUAUAAAAGGCCCAGAACUGAAAUCAUGAAAUCUAUACUUAUUUACCUAUAAUUGUUCCCGCGUAAAAAAAUAUUCUUAUUUUAUAAAAUGUAUAAAUACCGUAUAAUUGUCUUAUUAUAUUAAUACCUAACGGAUUAAAUCGUAAAAUGCCAUUCACUCUAUAAAUUAUAUAGCUUGUAACAAUUUGUUUUUAUUAUUACUGUUCCUACUUUUGCAUUUUACUGCAUAGGUUUUUUUUUCAUACAAUUCUCAAAAUAAGCUUCUUUUUUUUAUAAUAAAUCGUAGCAUUUUCUCAUAGUAGGAGUAAAUGAUAUUUGUCAAUGUUCGGAUGUAUACAAUAAUAUUAUAAUAUGUAAUAGUGAUAUUAGGGUUCCGUACCAAUACCAAAUGAAAUAUGAAUUAUGGAAACAACGGAAUGUUGUCUGUUAUACGUGUUUAUGUAAUAAAGGUAAAGGUGCACUCCCGAACACAUGUAUACCCUGUGUUGUAUUGUUUAAAGGACUAGAUCAUAAAAAUAUUGUUUGGUUAAACAAAAAGUUUUCAUUAACAUUUGAAGCUGGCAUAUUCAAAAUUAAUUUUAAUAUGUUCCAAAUAUGAUUUCAAGGUACUAAAAAGAGUUUUGUGUAACUUGUCUUUUGUAUCUUUUUUCCUAGAGUAACACUUACAAACACUGGAUUUUCGAAAAAAAAACAAAUUUUCAUCUAAAAAUAAUUUAUUCAGUCAUUAACUUGUAUUGCCUCCACGGAGGUUUACAACGGCUAUCAUGCGAUUGGACAUGGAAUUAAUCAACGUCACUAUCACGACAUGUUGUGGAAUAUUCUCCCGUUAUUCCUCGAUGGCGGCUCUCAGAGGAGCAAGGAUUGUGGGGCAGGUUGGUACUCACCAACCUCCCAAACACGCCUCUUUAGUUCGUCCCAUAAAUGCUUUAUUAGGUUCAUGUCAGGGCUUCUUGCUGGCCAUUGCAUAACUGUGAUACUGAACGUCAUAAAGGUACUUAUUCGCUGAUCAUUUCUGCGGUAUGCGCUCUUGCAUUAUCGUGCGUUAAAAUGAAAUUUUAGCCUGCAAACCCAGAACAUGGUAUUACGUGAGUCUUUAAGCAUUGCUUGUAUCGGUCAGCAUUCAGUAGGGGUAGCCGCGGCUCUAUCACCACCUCCAGUCCAGUUUUGCCAUCGACAGAAAUUCCUCCCCAAAUUUCGCUUUCCUUGACGUCGGUAGAUCUUUCUUCUUCCAUCAUUGCCAUACAGCGUAACUUUAGUUCUAUCAGUGAAGAGAACCUGGCUCCAUCGAUGUUGAGUCCAAUUCAAAUGUUCACGUGCGUGCCAUUCGGCGAGCUUGCGUCAAUUUGGGCCAUGGGAUAGCUUGUGUGGGUAUACACCACCCUCGUUGAGUCGUCUUCUCACAGUACCAGCACUCACAGCUACUCCGUAAAAUUUUUGGAUCUGUAUUGAAGUAAGUUGACGAUUUCGUAAGCUAGUCAAAUACAAAUCUUUAUUGGUAACAUAAGCUACAUUUCAUUGGUAUUGGUAGUCGUCGGGAUAUAGCGAUCUUGUCUCUCUGUCGUUACUCGAGAUCGUGGUCUUCCUGGACGGCGAACGUAGCCGCCGGUCUCUAGAAAUCGAUGGUACACUCUUUAAACAACGAGCCAGCUGAUAUAGAGCUAUGCACUUACGUUUCGUUGACUACGCCCAGCCUGAAGAAGUGUCACAGCUUGCGCGCUCACUUCAGGUGCAAAAGUGGAUAAAACAAAUAAAAACGCUCUUAUUGCAAAAACAAAACAUUAAAAUAUCGUUGUCUGGAAGAGAUCGCUCUUAGCGAUAAGGCCGCCUUUGCCCGCCUUAGAAUAAGUUUAUCCUGUAAAUGUUUU